CCAGCUUCGAUGCCUUCUUGCCGUCACCGAGGCUGCGCUCGCAUUCACGAAAAUCCCUACGGUGCCGAGCUGAUAUCGAUGGUUGUCCCGUCCUCGACGAAGGGUCCACAUGCGCACAUGUGAUGCUCCAAACCACGCUGGACGACCAUCGACGACAACGCCAGAGAUACUUCGGGUGGCGUCUGAACUGUUGUUGAUCAGACUUGUGCUGCAGCUACUUAUCGUGCCUCGUCUCCCCGUCCGCGGCGUUCGAAUUCCCCCAGUCGCGCGCAACGACGCACAUGGUACCGAACGCUCGCGUGGGGCGUAUCGCUGUCCCAUCCGCAGGGAGCCAUGUUGGCGCAGUCCCCGGUAUCUGUCCAGUUGCUUGCCCGUGCGUAUCUCGCCAGGGCGAUAGGGUUCCCUCGCGAAGACCGAAGACGCGAACCCUCGCCUUCGAUGGCCGGUUGACAAUGAACUGCGACAGGACACUGCCGCGCCGGAUCCUUGCAUAAUGUUUUGCCGUUUUGGAGUGGGAGCGUAGGUUCCAUAUGCAUAUGGACAUAUGGUUGUAUGACAUGCAUCUAUAAAAGAAUCCUGCGCCCGUCACCGUGUCGCCGAGCUCCCUCCACGUCCCUAGCCCUACGCUUGUUCAUCCGCUGCCCGCCCAGCUCUAGUCCUAGUUCGUUAUGCUCGCUGCUACUCUGGCUUUGGGUGUCGCCCUUGCGGGCACGGCCGUCGCUGGGCCCUCCCCCUUCACUUCCGUGGGCCCCCUGGACCUCUUCAAACGGAUCAGCUCUGGCUGCUCGACGAGCGGGCCCGCGUCUUGCCACAACACCACGAAGCAGACCGACCUCUGCUGCUUCGAGUCCCCUGGAGGUUUACUCCUCCAGACCCAGUUCUGGGACACCAACCCCUCUACUGGCCCGGCUAACUCCUGGACCAUCCACGGCCUCUGGCCUGACAACUGUGAUGGUACCUUUUCCGAGAACUGCGACUCGUCGCGCGACUACACCGACAUUGCGGGCCUCCUGACUGACCAGGGCGCGAGCGACACACUCUCGUACAUGCAGGAGUUCUGGGUCGACAUCAAUGGGCAGAACGAGCAGUUCUGGGAGCACGAGUGGAGCACGCACGGAACCUGCUAUAGCACCCUCAAGCCCUCCUGCUUGCCCUCUGGCAGCCCCAAGGGUGCUGAGGCUGUCGCAUUCUUCCAGAUUGUCGUGAAGCUCUUCAAGACGCUCCCCACAUAUGACUGGCUCUCUGCAGCGGGCAUUACCCCCUCCUCCAGCAAGACUUUCACGCUCUCCACUCUCACAAGCGCGCUGAAGGACGCGUCGGGUGUCACCCCCGCACUGAACUGCGACGGGAGCAACCUGAACUCGAUCGAAUGGUACUUUAACGUCAAGGGGUCACUCCUCGACGGCACCUUCGUUCCCAUUGAUGCUCCUUCGAAAGGCUCUUGCAGCUCCAGCGGCAUCAAGUACCCGCCUAAGUCCGGAGCGUCUACCACCAUAUCCAAGACCUCUACCGCCACGACGCACAAGUCCACCACCACCAAGACCACUACCACCACCACCUCCGGUGGCAGCUCACCCACCGGCAGCCCUCUCCCCAGCAAGGGCACGAUCCAUGCCUCGUCCACCGGUGGCCUCAUCUCGGCCGGCACGUGGUCCACCCAGACCCUCGCCACCUACACCUUCUCCGGCACGACGAGCAGCUUCACGUUGAGCUCCUCCAAGGGCAGCUGCGGCGUCUCGAGCGGCAAGUUCAGCUGCGGGAGCGAUGUCAGCGCGUCCACGUUCUCCGCCGUGUCCUCAGGAAGCGACUUGCUCCUCGCCUUCGGCGGCUCGACGGCCUUCUCGGCGGACGACACGCCCAGCGGCUCGACUCAGGAGACCGUCUACACGGGCAGCAGCCACAGCGAGACCUUCACACUCUCGAUCGUCUCGUCCUAAGUCGGGUGUUCUGACAUUGGAUGUCAGGUGUUCUGACAUUGGAUGAC